AUGCUGGGACAGAGCAUCCGGAGGCUCACAAGCCCUGUGGUCCGUGGGAGCCACUACGAGGGGGGCCCAGGGAAGAAUGUGCCGUUUUCAGUGGAGAACAAGUGGCGCUUACUAGCCAUGAUGACUCUGUACUCUGGAUCUGGAUCUGCUGCCCCUUUCUUUAUAGUAAGUCACCAACUGCUUACAAAAUGA